CUUGGUAGUUUAUGAUUUUUGUAUGUAAAAUAUUGCUAUGUGGGGGAGGGAUUUGAAACCACCGCAUAAGAGUGGGGAGGAUACUCCUUUGCCAUUGGGCCACAACGCCAGAUGCAGAAUUCUGACACAGUAUUUAAAUAUAAGGGAUACCAGUAAUCUAAGUCAUGAUUUUUUCUCAAUUUGAUAGUGAUUAGAUUUCCUUGUCCUGUUAAUUUCAGAAUCAAUUUAAACCACUUGGUGAUGAAUUAUCAGCAAGAUAUGGAGGCAGGGGAAUUAAUCAAGUAUCAAGAUAGUUAGCUCAUGCAAUCUGUGAGCUCUACUUAUCAGCACAGAGCCGUUUUGGAAGCUUGUUUGUUAGGCCUGAGGCUUUAAGUUGUUUGCUUGCUUGCUUGGUUUUUCGUACAGACUGUUCUAGUUGAUUAUUCUUAGUUGAAGGGAAAAUAUAGAAGUUUUUGUAAAAGCCAAGAGGAACAGCAUAAAAGUAAUGUUGAGUAUAUAUUUUAUAGAGAUGAGGUUAAGGGGAGGAUUGUGGGUAAAUAUGUUUUUCUAGGAUUAGCUGUUCCUUUUCGUUGGCAGAUCACUAUACGCAUGUUUUAUUGCCAAUUGUUUUCCUGUAAUAGGAGAUUGUUCCUUCUGGUUUUGUGUCAUCAACCAGUCAUCAGAACUUUUAUUCUCUAUGAUAAAACAUAUUUUCCAGU